AUGAUUAUGAAUCUCGGUUUAUUAACAACUCUCUUCAUCUCCACUGUCGUCUGCAGUGCCAUCACUCCUUUGUCAAGUGAUACCGAUCAACAUGAUGAGUUUUCUAUCCUUUCCAAGAGAGAUGGACUUGCAGUCGACUCGGAGGUUGUUGAACAAAUACAGACCUAUGUUCAAUAUUCAGCUGCCUCUUACUGUCCAAGCGUCAUUACCCAUAUGGGAUGGAUUUGUGGUAGUGCUUGUAGUGGUCGGACUGCUGAUACCAAAAUCGUCAAGGUGUUUGAUAACUUUUUCAUUGGGACAGGUGUUGCAGGAUUUAUAGCAUACAAUGAACGCACGGAAACUAUCGUGGUUACAUUCAGAGGAUCAGUUUCAGCCACAGACUGGACUAAUAAUCUCGAUUUCUUUCUUAAUGAUGCUUCAUUUGGUGAAAUGGUUCCUGCAGAAUUUGGGGGCGAUGAUGUUCAGAUUCACAGCGGAUUCAUGAACUUGUACAAGGGCUCCAAGGAUAAGAUUGUUUUUACGUUGAAAACUCUUUCAGCUCGUUUUCCAGCGUAUAAGAUUGUGUUUGCUGGCCACUCUUUAGGUGGUGCAAUGGCCGCCUUGUGUGCUGUAGAUUAUCAUUUUUUAAAUCCCGAUGUUGCCGACAAACUAUCGGUCUACAGCAUCGGUGCUCCUCGCAUUGGAAACUUGGCAUGGGCCAACUUAGUCGGCAGUUUACCAUUUUCGUCGCGAAUCUACCGUGUAACCGCUACAAGAGAUCUUGUUGUUGAUAUCCCAAAAAAUACACCACUGCUUAAUUACGUUCAUCAUAGUCAGCAAUACAAUGUUCAAAACGGCGUCACAGUCAAGUGUAUCAACUCUGGUGUUGGUGGGGAAACUGUGGGAUGCAAUUAUCCCAAUUAUGGUGUUCCUGGUCUUUUUGCGCACGGAUUUGGCUACUAUGGUUGGUCUACCUUGUUUCGUAUCUGCUAA